AUGGUUACAACAGUCUUUACCAAUGGCCGUAUCCUCAGUCCCGAUUCAUGGGGUGGCUUUGUCUCUACGCUGGUAGUCGAGGAUGACCAUGUCGCGCACGUCGGCUGGGACAAUGACGAAGCGGUUGUUCGGGUACAAGCGACAGCAUCAACUGUGGACCUGAAGAAUCGAAUAGUCCUCCCAGGUUUCAUUGACGGCCAUGUGCACAUCCUCAAUUUCGGUAUGUCGCUGCAGAAACUCGACCUUCUACUUUGCAAGAACCUCGCCGAUAUCCGAAAUUCCAUCACUUCCUAUGCAGCAACUCACCCAUCGGAUCCACGCAUUCUGUGCCGAGGCUGGAUCCAGUCGGUUACGGAUGGCAACGCUCUUGCAACAGUGUUGGACGACCUAGAUCCGCGACCUAUCUAUAUCGAGGCGUUGGACCUCCACUCAACGUGGUGCAAUACUGCAGGUCUCAAAGAGCUAGAGGCUGACUCGAAACCCGAUCCUCCAGGAGGAAAGAUUUACCGCUGCCACAGUGGCCUUCCGUCUGGUUUACUCGAAGAGGCAGCGCAGUUCGACAUUGUCUGGCCAUUUUUGGACCGAGUCACGUCCAUGGAGAAGAAGGUGGCCGCGAUUGAUGCUGCUAUCGGUGCGCAUCAACGUGCUGGGUAUACUGGACUCGUGGAUAUGGCUAUGGGAGAGACUGAGUGGGCGGCGUUAAAUAUCUACAGGAAUCAACGUGGUGAGCUUCCGGUGCAUAUGGCAGCACACUGGUUGAUACCCUACUCAAAAUGCGCUGCCGACAUCUGCGGUCAUAUUGAUCGCGCCAUUGAGAUUCAACAAACUUUCAACCGCAAAACCUCCCCGGAGUUUUGUAUCAAUGGGAUUAAGCUACUCUGUGACGGCACAGUGGAUGGGUGUACAGCAGCACUACACCAACCGUAUGGCGGAUUGUCCAACAUCGUCGAUCCCAUCUGGCCUGCAGAUACCCUUGCUGCAGCGAUUCGCCGUGCUACUGAUGCCGGCCUGCAGUGCGCCAUUCACGCAAUAGGGGAUCGAGCAGUGCAUCAGGCUAUUGACUGCUUAUCCCAAAUUCAGGACCUGCCAUCCUGUCGUCAUCGCAUUGAACAUUUGGAGAUAACAACCCCCGAAGACGCGAAAAGGCUUGGCCAACUCGGAAUAGUGGCAUCAGUCCAGCCCGUUCACAUAGACCCAGCGACGUUCGAUGGAUGGCCAGAGAUGCUAGGGAUUCACCGUUGCAAGCGGGCUUUCGCCUACCAAGAGUUCGUUGAUGGCGGUGCUCAUUUGGUCUUUGGGACCGAUGCCCCCACUGCGGAGCAUCAGGCACUACCCAAUCUUUAUGUUGCUACUACUCGGCGGUCAUCUAUUGAUCCCUCCUUGCAAGAUAUCAUCAAUCCCGAAUUCGCUGUUUCCCUCGCGACCGCUGUCUCCGCAGCUACUGCAGGGGCUGCAUAUGCGUCUUUUUCAGACUCGUGGACAGGGAGUCUGCGUCCAGGAUUCAACGCCAAUUUUGUUGUGCUAGAUAUGAUCUGGGCCCCGGAAUUCCUUUUAGAAGCUCGGGUGUGCCAAACUUGGUACAAGGGAAAAAAGGUGUUUGAUGAAGAGGCGGGUGGUCUGCUGAUAGGCCUGGGGAUCUUGACCUAG